AUGUCGCGCAUCCUCGCCAUGCUCGUCGCCUGCGCGUCGAGCUCUCUCGCCCUGGCUCCGGGGCCGUUGCCUGCUUCCCACGAGCUCCGCAGCAGCCACGCGGUUGGCGUUGGGGUUGCCCGGCCGCCGCUGACACCACGUGCCUCUGAGCCCCUCUUGGUGGCCACCAGCGGUGAGGCCGACCCGCAAUACGGGCUGCUAAAGUCGUUCCGGUUCGACGAGCUCCGCAUCUCCGGCCGGCAGGGCCUCCCUGGAGGGAAAAUCGACGCGCACUACUCCUCCCGAUACUGGCUCGUCUCACUCAUGAACACGCACCGCAGCCUCGUGCUGCGGCGGAUCCGGUCGCAGCUCGUGUUCAACGUCCUGGUGACAUGCCUCAUCCUCGGCGCGAGGACGGUGGGCUUCCGCCCGGCGGUUCCGAUCACGAUGCACACGCUGCUGGGAGGGUUCGUCAGCCUCCUGCUCGUCUUUCGAACAAAUUCGGCGUAUGCACGCUUCUGGGAAGCUCGCAUCAUCUGGGGAGGGGUAAAAAAUACGUGCAUCGACAUCGUCCUCGCCAUCUGUGCCAACGUCCGACCCCGCGCCCCCCAAGCCGCUGCCGACCUGGUCUCUGCCCUGCAGCUCUACCCAGGCUCGCUCUCGUGCCAGUGUCGCGCUGAGCCUCCCGACGGGAACCUCGAUCCGUACGCGCUCUGCCUGCGCAUGCACAAGGCGGUGGCCCUCGCUGCGGCAGAGGUGGAUGCCAGCGGACCCGACCGCCGCGACAGCGUCGGCGUGCGCCUCUUUGAGCUGCAGUUAUCGCGGCUCAACGGCGACAUCGACAAGCUCGCCGACGCCGCGGGGGCGUGCUCACGCAUCACAAACACGCCAGUUCCGCUCUCGUACUCGCGACACACCUCGCGCUUCCUCACAGUCUGGCUGGGCACGCUCCCCUUUGUCCUGGCGGGCGCGGUCGGCGCGCGCCUCACUCUGCCUUGCGUGAUCGUCGCCUGCUGGCUGCUCCUCGGCAUCGAGGAGCUCGGCCACCUGAUCGAGCAGCCGUUCGAGGUGCACAGCCACCUUGGCGAGGUGCGCAAGCUGAAGGACAGCGAGUCGUACGACGUUGGAGUGCCCACGCGCAGCCUCGCCAACAACAUCGUCCUCGGCUGCCAAGCGCUCGUUGACCUCAAGGAGCCGGCGACCCCGCACAGCCCGCCACCCGCGGCCCAGGAGCUCCAGGAAGCUUGA